AUGCAGAUGGCCACAAUCAAGUGGGAGAGGAAUAUCCGUGGUGGCUGGCCAGCUGAACAUUACGAGAAGCUGCUGGAAAUUCAAUCCAAGAUGUUGUCUGACCUGAUUCAACUGGCUGGUGCCCUCUCAGUGCUCUCGCCAAAAUGGAGGCACCGGUUGUUACACAAGACAUCGUUUUUGAACCCGAAUCUUAUAUCUGACGUUAUGGCUAUUUUCGGUAUAAUAUCCAUGUCGCUGGAAACUGGCCAUCCAGUCCAUGAUGUAUUGCCGUCUAACUUGCUGGAUCGCUCGGUAUACCACGACGACCAGACUCGCAGGCUUGGUGAAAGAUUCAAGCAUUUCGACCGGAUCGAUGGAGAAGACGCUGCCGAAUCUGCACCGGUUACCAAUGAACCUUUGACCGGUCAAAAGCUCAUGUCAAUGGAGUACUCGACUUUUGCCACGGGAGUGUCAGCCGCCUUUCAUUUGCUCCAUGCAUUGGACCAGAUUCAUCUCAUCACAAAAGAGCUGUGUGGGGUUAUCCCUCUAGAGGGUUAUAGUCGCUGGAAGGAAGAGUACGAAUUGAAACACCUGGGUCGUUCGGUCUAA